UAAAGUUUUAAUAUUUGUUUACAGACAUGCUACGAAAUGGAGAGAUACUUAAAAGACGAGCCGAAGCUCCAGAGUUACAAAAAACUGCCGACGGAGUUAGACACACCCUGGCACGUAUUCACUGCGCCUCCCCCCUGGAAGGUCGAAGUAGUCGACCCUCUGGACGAACCAACCUUGGACUCCCUCAGUUUGAGUUCGUCGGGAUCCGCUUGUUCGAGGGUCUCCUGCGGCUCUUUGUCCUGUGAAGUCGUCGUCAAAAAGGAACCUCUGAUCGACGACGACGAAGAGGAAGAAGAGCUGUUGUUAGAAGAGAGCCAAACCCAGCCUCUUCCCACGCUCACACCGCCUUCGUCCCCCGAAAGCCAAGGCUCGUUGCAAAAAAUCACCGGGACAACGAGGCAUCCUAGAGAGACGGUUACGAUACAAAACAGUCAGCCCGUGACUACAGGGACGGUCAUUCCCACCAGCCAACAACACAACCAUCCCAGGACGCAGAGGUCUACGGACAAGACAUCCGAAUCGAAGAAAAAAGUCCAUAAGUGUCAGUAUACCGGCUGUAAAAAAGUCUAUUCGAAGAGCUCACACUUGAAGGCCCACCAAAGAACGCACACAGGGGAAAAGCCAUACAAGUGCUACUGGGAAGGAUGUACGUGGUCGUUCGCAAGGUCGGACGAAUUAACACGGCAUUUCCGGAAGCAUACGGGAGCGAGGCCGUUCAAGUGCCGAAUCUGCGAAAGAUGUUUCAGCAGGUCGGACCACUUGGCGUUACACAUGAAGAAACACACCCCUUACGGUCUUAUAAACCAAAAAUAAAUGUUUAUAUAUUUAUUUAUAAAUAAAUUCUCUAGCGCUUCCACAAACCAUUCAUAAGCGCUCAAAGCAAACGUUUGAAACAACCACGCUCCCUCAGUCGGAAAAGUUACCAUUGGUGGUGGAGCCCUAGGUAAAAUAAUUUAACUCUAAAAUUUUUAAAUGAGAACAGGUUAAAUAAAUGUAAAUUUAAAGAUUUAAGAUUAAUAGAGACACUUCUAGAAAUUUAAAUAAAAAAUUAUACAGAUCGCGCUCACCGCGAAACGCUCAAAUUUAAACAGAAUGUAAAUGGCGUGCAGAACGCGAUGUGUCCAGUACUAUAUUUUCCUUAUUUUUUUAUGCUCAUCCUUUGAUUAUUACAAAGUUAACCUAAAUAAAUAUUUCUAGCUCUUCCGAUAAUACCCAUAGAUUCAUCCCAUAUUAUUUUCUUACUGAUGAAAUUCAUACUGACAAAGUCUAGGAUAUUUUUACACUAUUCAUUCCAUUUACGUUUGUGAGAUUAGAUGAGAUCCUAAAAUUCCAAGGGUGCGAGGAUUCCAGAAAAGAUGCGCUAUUCACCAGUCCUCCAUAAGUCUUUUCAAGGAUCAAUAUGGGUAUUAAGAUUUUGGGAAGUAUUUCAAUAAAAGGGGGGAGGGUUUAUCAACCAUUAGAAGUUUAAAUAGUCGAAUAAAAGCUCAUUUCAUAAUUAACCGUACUCUACAUUAACAACUCUGUAGAUUACUUAACACAUUUUUACAUUGCCCUUAAAAAUGUGGUAUCAAAUUUUGACUCAAAAUAAUUAAUAUCUCUCUUGAGUUCCCGAAAAUCCACCUUUCACUACAUUUUAUCAUUCCUGUUGUUUUCAUUUGACGUGUUUGAUUAUUAAAAUAUUAAAUAAAAUACAUUUAACACGCAUCUGUGAUAAAUUUAGUUAGCAAAUUUCACAAAAAAAAGCAUUACUUGAAAAUUUAAGUACUGACUUGAUUGUAAAGUUAGCUAGAAUUCUGAUGGACUGAGACUUAACUAGGUUAUUCGGGUAACUACAGACGAGGAGAUUGUUUCCUCCCUGUUCUAAUGAUUCUAAUAGGUACUUGUACGUCAAAAUGAUGUUAAUAUUCACAAGAUGAGCAUAAUUUCUUAGACCAGGUUAUAUCAAAUCACUGCCACAGCUAAAGAGGUGGCCCUAAGUAAUUACGUAUAUUAAUUAAAAACUUAGUCAUAAUUUAAUUGAAUAAUAAACCUAGUCUGAACAUCCCCGCCGCCGUGAUGUAUUUUUAUAAUGAAUCAUAUUAACUAACACUCUUUAAAACUCAAAGAAAUGGAAAAAGAUAAUUUCUUUAAGGGGGCCCCUCUCUUUUACAAUUGUCUCGUUUUCUUCAAUUUCGUCAUUUUCUUCUAUUGUUUUAGGUAUUCAAAGAUUUUAAAAUAUAUGUAAAUGAAAAGGAGUAACCGGUAUACGCUCCGCAAUUAUGUGAUAAAUUUGAAAUCACUCCUAAAUUUAUUUGAUAUUUCCAGAGUAAAAUUUUAAAAUAUGAAAAAAAAUUAUUUAGAAAAUUAUUUUGCUUGUUGACUGUUUUAGCUUGAAUUUGGCUUUUUAUUGU